AAUGAGAUGCUGUCUUUGGAAUUCAGGUUAUGCCUAUUUUGCACCAGACUUUGAAAGGAGUCAAUGGAAUCAUGCUUCUGAAUUACUCGGGUCGAUUCAUUGCAUAGAAGGAUGAAUUGUGCUGGUGUUCUCUCGACUUUUUCGUUCACGGUCAGGGCCUAAUGCAACUUUCUGUUCUUCAUAGAAGGGCCUUAGCUUCGGUCGGAGAGACGGAGGAAUAUAGGAGGCAAGUAGCGCCAUCGUUGUGCCUGCGACGCAAAUUUAACGGGGCAGUGUGCAACGACUUACGCGAAAGCACCGGCGAGUGAAGAGCAUCAGUUUUUUGGGGGAGUGAUGCUUUCGAUCACUCCUACAGAUUGUAUAUCGGCUUUGUUUGCCCCCGCCACCGAUUGCCCUACACCUAUCCAAGGUUUAGUGUCUGCUCGUCAUUCAAGCAAGUGGUAGGCAAGAGUGCGAUCACCAUGGCCGACUGCACGAAGGGUUUCGAGAUUUUCAUCUUGUCGGGACAGAGCAACAUGUCGGGACGAGGAGGCAUGCAAACCAUAGUUGCAAAGGACGGAUCCACGUCCAGGAAGUGGGAUGGGAUCGUCCCUGCAGAAUGUGCAGCUGAGCCUGGGUCUAUUCUGAGGCUGAACAAGAAUCUGGAGUGGGAAGAGGCUCACGAGCCUACUCACAUAGACAUUGAUACCAGUAAGGCCUGCGGUGUUGGCCCCGGUUUAGUAUUCGCAGCAUCACUUCUGAGAGCUCGAAAAUACAAGGUCAAGCCAACAGGUCCACAGAUCGGCCUAGUGCCAUGCGCCAUCGGUGGUACGAGCAUUGUACAAUGGGAAAAAGGCCGGGUGCUCUACAACCAUAUGAUACAGCGAACCAAGGCAGCUCUUGAGAAAGGCGGCACCCUGAAAGCCCUUCUGUGGUAUCAAGGCGAAAGUGACGCCGUGGAGAAAUCCCUUGCGGAUCAUUACGAGCAGAGGUUGGUCACUUUCUUCAACCAUGUGCGCACGGACCUGAACAACCACAACCUUCCCAUUAUUCAAGUGGCGAUAAAUUGGCCUGCUGCCCCGCAUCCGGAGUAUGUUAAUAAAGUGAGGAGUGCCCAACGAGCUGCACUUGAUCAUGUGAAACAUCUGCACCUGGUGGACGCGCUUGGUCUUCCGUUGUUGAGCGACCACAUUCAUCUCACAACUGAAGCACAGACCGAAUUGGGUUUGAUGCUGCUGGAGAAGUAUAUCUCAACAGGGGAGGGAAAAGAUUGAGCACAUUUGGGGUACAUCCCUGCGUGAAAUGUUUGUGUGGCAUAGUUGAGGGCCCAAUUGUGUUAGGAGCUGAUCGGCAAUGGAGACCAGCUCUGCAGUGGAUCUCAUAACCUCACACCAUGCUUUUGGUGGGUUCUCUGUUCUAUAGGUAUACUACACGGCUAUGAAUGCAAUAGUUGAAUGUGUAGAGCCGUCAUUCUAAAUUGUAGGUUAGAGCUGUUGCUUGUACAACCCAGUUAAGCUUUAUCUAUCAUUGGAAUGCUGCCGACUGUGAUAUUAAGCUUCCUUGUA